CAGUUCCAUACCGGUAGGUGAAUCAAAAGGUUGUCUUUUAUUUUUUUUUGUUAUAAUUUUAUAUUGUACUUUGGCAUUAAUAAAAUUGCCGUGUACAUUUUUAUAGCUUAUCUGGUCUUAUUUUAAAUAGCAAAUUAUAUUGGUAAUACAUACAUUAAUUAAUUAAUAAGAUGGGUGUGUGUCUUAAGUUAUUUGGAAUAAUAUUAAUUGCUUUUAUUGCAAUCAUCUAUCAAGGUUACGUCUACAUUUCGAAGCCACUUGAUGUACCAACAUUUGAUUUAAAUGAAUUCUGGGGGCCAGGUAGUAAAUUAGAAUAUAAAGAAGAUCCAACAAUUGUAUCUAAUAAAAUUCAUUAUCCUGAUGAGGUUAUCGAAGAUUUACGAAAACAAUUAAAUAGAACUUGGAUUUAUCAUGAUCCAUUAGAAAAUGUUGGAUUUGAGUAUGGAUUUAAUACAAAUAAAUUAAAAGAUGUCAUAAAAUAUUGGCGCGAUGAUUAUUUACCAAGAUGGAGAGAACGUGAAUCAUUCUUGUGGAGUUUACCUCAUUUAACAACAGAAAUUCAAGGACUUCGUAUUCAUUUUAUUCAAACGAAAGUAGAUGCAGCAACAAAAAAAUCGAAAAAAGUAUUCCCAUUACUUUUGAUACACGGUUGGCCAGGAUCAGUACGUGAAUUUUAUGAAUUAAUUCCGAAAUUGUCUGAUAAAAAUGAGGAUUAUGUAUUUGAAGUUGUUGCUCCUAGCUUACCUGGAUAUGGAUGGUCGCAAGCUGCGUCAAAAAAAGGAUUAGGUCCAGCAAAAAUGGCUAUUAUCUUUCGUAAUUUAAUGUUACGUCUUGGCUAUAAUGAAUUUUUCAUACAAGGCGGUGAUUGGGGAAGUAUUAUUGGAAGUCACAUAGCAACAAUAUUUCCUAAAAAUGUGCUUGGUUAUCAUUCAAAUAUGUGUGUAGCCAAUUCUCCAUUGGCAAUGAUAAAAGGAUUUAUUGCUUCAUUUAUACCAUCUACAUAUGUUGAAAAAGCCUACGAAGAUUUUUACUUUCCUUUAAAAGGCAAUUUCUUUAAAUUAAUUGAAGAAUCUGGUUAUUUUCAUAUUCAAUCUACAAAACCUGAUACAAUUGGUACAGCAUUAACAGAUAAUCCAAUAGGUUUAGCGGCUUAUAUAUUAGAAAAAUUUUCAACAUGGACAAAUAUCAAUUAUCGUAAGUUAAAAGAUGGCGGUUUGGAAAAAGAUUUUCAUAUGGAUGCUUUAUUGGACAAUAUAAUGAUUUAUUAUUUAACCAAUUCUAUAACAACUUCCCAAAGGCUUUACGCGGAAGGUAUCACAGAAACACUUAAUACAGAAAUGGGUCGUGUGCCAGCAAAUCCACCUACAGGUUGUGCUCGUUUUCGAUAUGAUUUAGCUCAUUCACUUGAUUGGCAACUUGAGGAAAAAUUUCCAAAUUUAAUUCAUAGCAAACAUUAUCCAGAUGGCGGUCAUUUUAUUGCAAUGCAAAAGCCAGAAAUAUUGCAUAGAGAUUUUAUUGAAUUUAUUAGGAAAUCAUUGGAAUUUCAUAAAAAAAAUAAAAUUUCGGCAGAAAAAAAAGUUAAAGCUUAAGUUGUAGAGUAUUAAUAAUAAAAUAAUUACAUACUUUUACUCAUCUUAAUUUUUUCUUUUUUGUCACGCAUGUAAUUAAAAUUGGUUUAUUUUUGUUUAAGAAGGUUCUUGUAAUAAAAAAUUUUUUUUUAAUAAAAGUUUAAUUAAGAUAA